AUGACCCCGACUCAGCUUCCACACCCCCUCAUCCUGCAGACCCCGAGCCACAGUCACGGCUUCGGCCUUGCCGCUUGGCUCAAGAAUCCGGAGGAAUGGUCGGCUGUGUGCCACUCAUUGGGGCCCUUGGCGCGAGGUCCUCCUUUUAUCCAACUGGCAUUUUACAGGGGCGCCUGCACCCCACCCCCGAGCGCCGGGGUCCGGCCCGAUUCCGCAGGCGGCGGCGGCGGCGGCGGCGGCGACACGCGAGUCCGGCCCCGAGGUGCCCGCGGUCAUCGAGGCCGGGCGGGGGCGGCGGGGGCAGCGGGGGGCGCGGGCGGCGCAGAAACUUGGUCGGGGCAGCGGCUGCGCGGGGCUCGGCUCGGCUCCUCCUCGUCGUCCUCCUCGUCCUCCCGCCGCGGCUCCCCGGGGCCUGCGCCCGCCGCUCUCUAUCUGGGGCCGCCCGCCGCUCGGGGCCGCGUCUCGGGCCGUCCCGCGCCGGCCUCGCGCGGCUCCAUGUCCCGGGGGCCCCGGGCCCCUGCGCGUCUCCUCGCCGCCCCCCACAGGCUCCGGGCGCGGGGCCGAGCGCGGCUGCCGCGAGAGACGAUCCCGCCCGCCGGAGAUUUCUGAAUUGAAGCUUGUGCCGGUGGGCCAGGAGCCUCCACCUUUUCAAAGGCAUCAAGUGGCAAAGCCCAUCUAGUCAACGUGGACUUGGAGGGACAAUGCCCCCUGAACAAUGUUCUUUCUGAAAGUCAAUCUCCAACAGUUCGUGUAAGGAUCACUAUCCCUGAAUAGAUGUAUGAGCUAAGGCUGACGUUAGAACAGAGUUAAAAAAAGAAAAAAGAUAAACAGAGGCCAAAGAUGA